AAACACAAUCUUAUGUCUGAGCUCUCACACCCCAAACACUCUUACGCGAUGAACAAACUUGACUGAACCUCAAAUCAACUCGAUUUUCAGCCGUCUUCUCCAAGCACCGGCUUCUCUCAGCCAUCCUCUCUCUCUCUCUCACUCGUUAUCUCGAACCCUAGCUCCAAAUCAAAGCUUCUCUCUUGAACCCUAGAUCCAAAUCGAAGAUCCAAAUCGAAGCUAUACGGGAAACGCAUCAUCGAAACCGUCAACUCAUCCUUCAACCGUGACGAUCCUGAAUCCGUCUAUUCAACUCAUCCCAAACCGUUUCAUUGGCUGGACCAAUUUGUUGAUGGGGAUCCCUGGAUUGAGCAAUCAGAAUAAUGGACAGAAAUGGUUAGGCAUAACUGAGCCGAUUUCAUUGGCUGGACCAACUGAGGAAGAUGUGAUCAAGAGCCAUGAACUUGAAAAGUACUUGCAAGGUGUUGGAUUGUAUGAGAGUCAGCAGGAGGCAGUGUGUAGGGAGGAAGUGCUUGGCAGGCUAGACCAGAUUGUGAAGAUUUGGGUUAAGACCAUCAGCCGGGCGAAGGGAUUCAAUGAACAACUGGUGCACGAAGCAAAUGCCAAGAUUUUCUAUUGCAAUUGAUUUAGGUUUUUCAAUGAUUUUUUGUCUGGUAUAUAUGGUGGAAAUCUGUUGUUGUUUAUAAUUUGUCUGGUAUAGUUUUUAAUCCUUUUAAGAAAAUACGUAUAACACUAGUGCAGAAAGGAGAUACAACUACUGGCCAAACAGACUUUCCACUACUGGCCGUGGCCAGUAGUAAACGCGGUCGACGUUGUAAGUACACACUUUCCACGUCGGGUCUUUUU